AUGGUCAACCGUGUAAAGCUUGCGAUGACCUUGUCUCCGAUCUGCAUGUACCGCGGGAGUGUGCGUUUUAAUCCUGGAUACCACCUUCCGAUGUGCUCGGAGGCGAUCCAAGAAGUUAGUUGUGGCAGCAAGAACCGAGAGCAAACCCUAGACAACCGACGUUCUCUUCUUGUUCGAUUUCCAAAGUUAGUGAUGCCGAUGUCGAGCCUUUGUGAACUUGUCUGGGGUCGGGUGUGCCCAAGAAUCAGACGAGGAAGCUCUAAUAAUCACGAGUUCGGUGUAGUCGGUCUCCGGCAGAUCUUAGAUUUAGAACGGGGAGUUCGCGAACUUUUGACUUUUACUGAAGAGAAAGAUGGUGACAAAGGGGAGGUUACGAUUGCGAGGAGACCGAUUUUUGUGUACGAUAUGAAUCGACGAAAUGGAGACUCAUCUUUCGAAAGAGACUAGUCCGAGGCAUGAUUCAGCUCAUCCAUCUGCUAACUCUCCUGAAAGCUGGGGAAGGAAGAGGAACGAGAAGUAGUAGGAUCUGCAGAAGUGUAGGUGCUCGUCAUCGUCAUAGUGAGUCAUGGUGGGCAAAGUCCACGAAGUCAAUAUCCCCGGACAUCUGGAAGGUUUUUCAGCAAUCUUCUUGACGCAGAAAUCGCAGUGGAUGACUUGACUAUCGAAGACGAGGGGUGACAGAAAGUUAUGCUUUCUCUGCCAGUGCAAACCCUGAACAUUCAUCAGCUUUUGGGAGAAACUUCUGUAGGCGCUGAAAUGGUCUCCAUGGAGGAAGUGGGGAAGUCCUGCCCGCCCAGCUCUCCAAGCAUAACUCCCAACGUUCUUUUCGUCAGGUGACACUUGUUACCCUCACGGACGCGGAGCUUGCUUUGCUUAGCCGCGUGAACUUGUGUUCUCCGCUUCGUAUCAAGCUCUCAAGUGAUCAGUGGCAGGAAAGCCUUGGUACAGUUUUUGGUUAUACUGUACAUUCGUUUCGUGUAUAAAUUCUGAUGGAAAAAAUAAUGUAGAGCUCUGAGAAUGGGAAGACCCCGAAAAGCCAAAGGAGUAAAGCAUCAAAUAAGCUACUUAAUAAAGGCUAUGCAAUAUUCCGC